AUGUUUGAGUUAACUAUACCGUCGCCUACAGAAAAUCAACUAAGACAAAACAGUAGUCAAUUUUUUACAAAAAGGAAUUUCCCGAACUGUGUCGGGGCGAUAGAUGGGAAACAUGUAAGAAUAAAGGCUCCCAAACGAAGUGGAUCAUUAUAUUUUAACUAUAAAGAGUACUAUUCAAUCGUUUUGCUAGCAGUCGUUGACGCGGAUUGUAAAUUCACUGCUGUUAAUAUUGGUUCCUAUGGUAGAGAAGGAGACGCUGGUAUCUACCUAAAGAGUCAAAUAGGAAAAAUGAUAAAAAAUAAUACAUUCAAUAUACCAGCACCAAAAGAAAUACCCGGGACAAAUACGGUUGUACCCCAUGUCAUUGUAGGGGAUGAAGCUUUUGCUCUGCACGAAAACCUAAUGAAACCUUAUCCAAGACAGCAAUCUGUACAUGAUCCAUCAAAAGCUGUAUAUAAUUAUCGACUAUCUAGAGCUCGGAGAACAACUGAAAAUACUUUCGGAAUUUUAUGCGGUUAUUUCAGACUCUUUUUCCUACCUAUUGCUACUGCCCCAGAAACUACAGACAAAUUGAUUAAAUGUGCAUGCAUAUUAUAUAAUAUUUUACGGGGAGCAAAAGUACUUGCUCCAGGUCAAAAACAUUUUGAUGAUGCACUACCACUUCCAACUGAAAAUUUAAUCCCCAUAACAGAACACAAUGUGCGUGCCAAAAUGAAUCACACUCAAAUUCGAGAAAUAUUCAAAAAUUAUUUCAACGGUCCAGGGGCUGUAGAGUGGCAGCAUAGUUAUGCAAUGCGACAUUAA